CAAACACAGGUUGGCGCCUGGGACCUCAGUGAAAAGUGAAGCCAAAGCUGCAGUUCACUGAGUGACCGCACGAGGCGGACCCCAAAUUUAAAGCACAAUGCGAAAACGGAAACGGAAACAUCGCUCUUCCCCUCCAAAGAGCGGUAAUGGCGGGUAAGCGGGGAGCGCUCAUUGUGCUGGAGGGGGUGGACAAAGCCGGGAAAACAACGCAAUGCAACAAACUGGUUCAGAAGCUGCACCACAGCGGCCAACCGGCAGAGAUGAUGAGGUUUCCAGACAGGACCACAACGAUCGGACAGCUGAUCAGCGCCUACCUGGAGAAGAAGAGUGAUCUGGAGGACCACACGGUCCACCUGUUAUUCUCUGCCAAUCGAUGGGAACUCGUGCCUUUGAUGAAGAAGAAGCUGGAGCAGGGCAUCACUCUGGUUGUCGACAGGUACGCCUUCUCCGGAGCUGCUUUCACCAGUGCCAAACCGGGAUUCUGCCUGGACUGGUGCAAGCAACCCGACGUGGGACUUCCAAAGCCCGACCUAGUCAUGUUCCUGCAGCUGUGCGCAAAGGAGGCUGCACUCAGAGGCCAGUAUGGGGAAGAGCGGUAUGAGACCUGUGCUUUCCAAAAAGCAGUUCAUCAGAGGUUUGAACAGCUGAUGAAGGAUCCAUCAGUGAACUGGAAGGUAAUUGAUGCCUCGCAGAGUGUUGAGGAUGUGCACGACGAUAUCACGGCCCACAGUCUUAAUGCAAUCAACUCAGCACAGAAACUGCCGCUUGAAGAGCUGUGGAAGUGAACCUGAACUAUAGCAAGUGAACAACUCUUGUGCUCACCACACUACCAGUUUCACUCACCCACUGCCUUACAUGUUGCCAUUUCAGUAUGUGAGUUGACUUGGCUAUGAUUCCCAUGUAGCAUAUUACACUUUUAAAAUUGAAAAGAGAUGAACAACUGUUGUAUGUCAGAUUCAGAUUUUAUUUUACUUGUUCCUCUUACAUGUGUAUUGUUCUUUAACCAGCCUAUUUGUAUAUUGUGGAUUAAAUAAAUAAUCUUCAAAUUAA